GUUGUUUAGUCUGUGUAGGCCUCUGACAAUACCUUUUGCAAGGAAUAGUGACUUGUCAUUAUUUUAAAAUAAAAUAAACUUCUUAGGAGUUGAUUUUUUAUGAUUAAACCAUAUUAUCAAAUAAAUCAUUUCAAUUUAGUUUGUUUACAGUGCAUCGGUAAAUCUUUACAAAAUGGAGCUCUCCGCUGAAGGAACAACGCCUGAAUACAUGGCUUUAGCUGGCAUAAAAUUCAAGUUAUCAUUACCUCAAUUUAAAGACAAUCCACAACUCAAAGAUCAAUUAUUCCAAGGAAUAAAGGCUGGAAAUAUGGCUCCUUAUUAUAAAGAAGUUUGUACUGAUCUUGGCUGGAAUUUUGAUCAGAAAUUGUAUGACGAAAUGACAAAGGAAAACCAAGAUCGUUUAUCCAAAUUCGAAGAUGAUGAUUCUGAAACACCUGUAUGGCAGGAUCGGCUGGACUACAUGUGUUCUAUUGGUGAUAAAGAAGCUGCUACUGUUUUAGCUACAACUAAAUAUGAAGAUUCUACAUUAACAACAAACAGACGUCUUGAUGCUAUAUUUGCCUUAUUUAGAAUUGCAUAUUUCCAUGGUUGUAAUGUAAAGGACAUGGGCAAAGCAGUUUCUAAGGCCCAUGAAUUAGUUGAUAAGGGUGGGGAUUGGCGUUCAAGAAACAAACUGAAGGCAUAUGAAGCAAUUUACUGCCUUGCUGUACGAGAUUACAACCAUUCUGCAGAACUUUUUAUCGACUGUGUCUCAACUUUUGAAUCUUAUGAAUUAGUUGAUUUUGGAACAAUAAUACAAUAUUGUGUUUUGGCAUGUGCAUUGGCACUUGAACGGCAUGCACUGCAAGCGGCACUGCGAAGACAAGGGGCAGCAGUGCAAGCACUACGCUCUCGUUUCCCCGAAUUAAGAGAGCUUGUUGAGUCACUGCACGAGUGUCGUUAUGCUGACUUUAUGAAAAGUCUUGCUUGGGUGGAGACUCAAAUUUGCGUGGAUCCAGUGUUCAGACCACAUUAUCAGCACUAUGUACGAGAAGCGCGCAUUAAAGCGUAUGUGCAGUUACUUCGCGCAUACCGCUCGCUCAGCCUUGACAAUAUUGCUGACACUUUCGGCGUCACCCGCGAGUUUGUUGAGGAGGAAAUCUCUUCAUUCACAGCAGCAGGUCGGCUUCAGUGUCGUAUUGAUGCAGUAGCGGGCUGCGUUGUGACGGGUGCGGGUCGUGGCGCAGACGCGGAUCGUUCGCAACUGUACCAGGCGACCAUACGCGAAGGGGACUUGCUACUUAAUCGUGUCAAGAAACUCGCCAGUGUCAUCAACUUCUGAGCGUUCAUGGCAGCCUGGUACAUUGGUCAUAAUUAUCUAAAUAAUAUUGUAUAAUUAAUUAAAAAUAAAUAAGUAAAUAAACAUGUCUGUUUCAUUA